AUGGCGAGGUCUGCUAGCUACUACGAUGUGGACGACUUCAACAAAUACAAAAGAACACAAGGAAAAUGCCUACCACCACGAGCCAAUGUCUUAGCGGCUGCGAGUCACAUCCAGGCACUCUUCGAUGCUAAAAAGCUCACGUAUGGCUUUAUUGGCGGGUUGUCGAUGAUGUGUCUGGGAUAUAAACGUGAGAUGCCUGACCUCCAUGUCGCUUACGAUGACAAAGACUUCGCGCGGCUCAAAGCCAAAUUAGAAUCUGACAGUCGAAUUGCACUACAAAGAGGCAUGAAUCCGCUCUUGCCAUUUAAGAUUCUUAUUUGGACAGGCCCUAAGUACAAAGAUCGGGGCUGUACAGUCCCUGCAAGUAUUGAACUAGAUCUCAUCCCAUCAGGUUAG